AUGAGUUUAUUUCCUGGUUUGCCAAAAGUUGGAUCCAAUACGACUGUUCAUAUCACAAGAGUCAAUUUAAACCCACACACUGUCUUAGUGGAAUUUGGAGGGAGUUUAAAUAAUGGUCAAGAAAACAGAGAAGUAUAUCCAGUAUAUCAACACCUUAAAAAAGACCUUGAAAUCCCUAGACAGCGGCAGCAUACUUAUGAAGGCAAACCUGGAGAAGUUUGCUUGGUAUAUGAAGACAGAACUUGGCCAAGAGCAAGGAUACUUUCAAAAUCUGAACAUGAAUACAAGGUGUUCCUCGUUGAUGAUGGUAAAUUACUUUGGGUUCCAAGUGAAGUUUUGACAAAAUGUCCACACAAUCUUUGCAGUCUACCUCCCAAAGUAGAGCUUUGCAUACUAGCCAGUGUGUCAGCUCUGUGUCUUGAGAGUUCAUGGUCUGUGGCUGCUUCAAAGGUCAUCAGAUCUCUGUGUGGGAAAGACAUCUCUGGGUGUGUUCAGGAUGAGAUAAUGCCUUCCAGAAUCAUUAUUCUUGACAUUCCUAGUUUAUCCAAACAAAUGUAUGAACUUGGAUUUGCUAGAAAUAUGCCUAACGAAGACUUUAAAAGCCUUGUAAUGCAUUCACUGCAUUUGCCAAGAAAAAACCCUUCCAUACAGACUGACCUUGUGACUACAAAUGGUCAGCAGGAGCAUGACAGUGACCCUGUCAAGUUGGACCAAUACUUGUAUCCUGAGUUGUUGCCUGGAGCAGUUGAGAUCGUAACUGUGACACAAGUUAUUCAUCCAUUGAAAAUCUAUUGCAAAUUGCAUGUCUUAUCACAAGAGCUCAAGAAAUUAAGUGAUCAGCUCCAUGAAUACUAUGAAGACUCAUUCUCUGUUCAGAUGCCAAUGCUGCUGUAUGAUGGGUCUCCAUGUGCAACCAAAGGAAGUGAUGGCAAGUGGUAUCGAUCUCUGCUUCAGUAGAACAAUGUCUCCGAUGUUGUCAAAGUCUUUCAUGUCGAUAAUGGAAUUGGAGAUUUUGUUAAACUCUGCAAUAUCAGACCUUUAUCGCCAAGGUUCUUCAGAUUGCCAGUUGUCACCUAUGCAUGCUCUCUACAUGGUGUCAUUGAAAAAGACAUUGGAUGGAGGACAGAACAGAUAGAUUAUCUGAAAUCUGUUGUACUGGAUAAAAUCCUUAUUGGAAAAUUUGAGCGUUACAGUGCAAAUGAGGGUGUCUAUUAUAUAACGCUUUAUUAUGACAGUGUGGAUGUGAAUGACACUUUUGGCCACAGAGAGCAGUGUUUGUCAACGACUGAAAGGAUUUGUGGCGACAGAACUCUUAAGACUCUAAACAAAAUGGCACACAAAUAUAUGUAUGGGAGAAAUGUGCCUGUACGUUCUCUUGAUUCAACCACUUUAACCGAGUGCUCCGAUUCUCUUGAAGAUGUCACUGUAGACAGACCUACCAAAACUGGAAAAAACCUACAACCCGCAGAGGGACGUCCCUCAUCGAAUGUCACUGCAUCCACAACCAUCAAAAAUUAAUCAAACACCCAAAAACCACCCAAAACUGAGUUGUGCGCAGAGGAGAAGGUUAGAAUAACCUGUGUCCAAAGUGUAAAUCAGUUCUAUGGCCAUUUUGCACAAAAUACUGAUACGGUCAUGAAAAUGACCAAAGAUAUUCAACGUCUGUGCAAGCAACCACAAGCAAAGUUUUCAAUUUACCCUAAGAUGAUGUGUCUUGCUAAAUAUGCCGAUGGGCUGUGGCACAGAGCACAAAUUGAAUCAGCGCAUCUGAAAAUACUUGUCCAAUUCGUAGACUAUCGUGACCUGGUGGUUUUGGAUAAAUCUGAUAUUCUGCCACUUCCUCCAAAGGCUAGUGCAAUUGCAUCCAUUCCCAUUCAGGCUGUUCAGUUUGAACUUUUCAAUGUAACAUUACCUGAGCAAUGUGAGCUUAAUGAGUGGUUAAAAAAACUUGCUUGGAUUGUUAGUUUAGAACUUGAGGAAAGGCCUUUGUUUAAUGCUGUUCUUAAACCAGGUGUUCAACCCGAAUCCCAAAUGCACUGCAAUGAAGGUACCCAGCCGUUUUCGGAACCAGCUGUAACUCAAGGACAAAUUGUAGAUGCAUAUGCUUCAUCUAUCGUUGGACCAAAUUACUUCUGGUGCCAGUUCAAAAACUCAGAGGAACUUGACAAAAUCUCCCUGCUUGCACAAGAAAUAGGAAACUCUAGUCAAACAAAACCAAUUCAGUCAGAUCAGUUAUGCCACUGACCAUGCCUGGCAUUCUUUUCUGACCAGCUGUGGUACUGUGCACAGCUUAUCAAUACACAUUCUAAAACAGUCUCUGUUGUUUUUAUAGAUUAUGGAAAUGAGUCUGAAAUUGACCUGAACUUUGUUAAAUCCCUGCCCACCAAGCUCCUGGAAAGCCCUGCACAAGCAUUUCUUUGUCAGUUAGAAGCGGGGUCUGUCGAUGCAGCAACUGACAAAUUCUUUGAGCUUCUGGUGGAUGAACCCUUAAGAGUGACUCUUCAGAAUACAGUAAUGUCCCCUGACCUUCCAAACUGUCCUCAGUAUAACGUCCUUGUUGAAUGUAGGCUAAUUGUUAAUGAUCUUAUGAAAUAUUACUGGUGUGACCUCAAGCCUCAAGUUUGUAGCAAAGUGACAACGGGUGCUAAAAUAAAACCUACUGCAAGUGAGCACAGUUUUGGAGUAAAAAGCUCUGAAACUGUUCAGAAAGACACUCCCAAGCUGAACUCUGGCAAGGUAAAUAGCACUCAAGAGCAAAGUAUUACGUACCCAACACUGACAGCAGUAGAUGGAAGCAUGAUUGUUCCUGAACUAUCAGUGCAGUGUUUACCUCAAGCUGUAGAUCUUCCUCCACGUAUGAUAGGACCAGGUAAGGUGUCAACUCAAAAUGGCAUGAUUCAGGUAGAGUUCAUAGAUUUUGGAAAUGAGGCAACUGUUUCUCUCCUUAAAAUUUGCAGACUUGAUGAGCAGCUACUGUCAUACCCGAGGUUCAGCGUUCGCUGCAGUAUAGAUGAUAGAUUCAAGAUGCAGAAAGGAAUGGAGCAGACAUUUCUCUUCAAAAAAAUAUUUGGUGAAGCUGGGAUUGAUAUGAUAAAGGAUGUUAACAGGAGAGAAAAGAAGCCCAAAAAACAAGUCAUUAAAAAACGAAACAGCAGACGAGCUGACGAGAAGCAAGAUUCAUCUGCUCAGCCCAGUCAGACCACCAAGAGACCAUUCUACGAGAAGAACCUAGACCAAUUGGGUGUAGGUGAAAACCCUGAACGAAAUCCACAAUACCUGGAGAAGAGACUGGGGAGCAUGCAGAAGAUGCCUCAGAUGUCAUUCAGAGGUGAGGAUGUACGACACAUACCUGUGCAGGACCAGAGACUGCAGGAGAGGAAGCUCUUCAGAUCACCAUUUCUUUCUCUGCCUGAAAGGAGGAUUCAAGGGGAAAGAAUCUGUGAAAGUGGGAAAACCCAGAUCACUAGGAGAGAGUUCUUGGACUUGGUGGAAGUGGGACAGCAUUGGUGCGGCCUGCGAACCCAAGGUGUGGAGGAUCCCGGGUGUGGUAACUGUCAACCAGGAGGCAAAGACAUGACUCUGAGUGAAGAAAGAGAGCUUGAGAUGAUCAGAUCCAAGUUCCCUGCCCAACAACAGAAGCGCAGUGGAAGCCACGUUUCUGAGGACGGAGAAACAGCUCAAGAAAGAGCCAGAGUGGCGUGCAGCAUACACAACUCAAGUCCACGAGAUGGUGGAAAGGAAGGCAGCCAAAGAAACUCACUAGAGAGACCAUUGCUGAUUGGCAAAGGACCCGGUAUGGUACGUCAGUCAUUUGGUGGGGCACCAAACCCACACUCUGUAACAACAAACCUGUCCGACUGUGCUACUAAGGUUCAGGAGAGGAGUCCAUGCUGCCCUCGGCGACAUCAAGAAGAUGGUACAAUUCUGUGUGUGCUUGAAGACCUGGAGAUGCACCUCCAUAGAUUUCUCUGGAGAAACAGUGAAGAUGAGGCAAGAAAUUAUGAGGAAUAUGCCAUCACCAGGGUCAACAUUGGCGAUCGACCAGCAGGGUGCAUCGCACAACUGGCCAUGGAGAGAGACAGCAAAGCUGCCAAUGUUCACUCGUCUGAAGGAGGAACGGAGAACUUAGAGAAGAACCAUCCGCCUGUUGAGGAAUACACACGCCUCAACCAAAUUACCUUCCAUAGAAGCGCUCAGGACCAGUCAAAAAAGAUGGGAGAACCCUGGGGAAUAACAUUCUCAGAUGGGAGCGACCAGAGCUAUGGAGCUGUUGCAUACUUCAGGUGGGAGACCGAGCAAAGGCAUCCUGGUCCGGCUUUGUUGAGUCCAAAGCCAAGCUCACACCACUUGACCAAAAGGGAGAACCAAGUGGGAGAGAUCCAAGAGUCCACAUCAGUUGAAGACUGGAGAUGGAUUCCAGAGCUGCCACAAAGUGAAAGAAAUGCUGGGUUCAAGACCCUCAACCACAAGCAAGCCAAAAGGAAGGAGAUUCCUUCAGCUCUUGAGAUCAAGUCCAGAGUCAAGGGAGCUACACUUACCAUCAUGGAGUUGAGACUUAGGGCCCGAAGAUGCCAACAAAUCAUGAGUGACCUUCCAUGGGAGCGAAUAACACCAGCCAAUCCAUUUGAGUACACGACAGGGGACUUAUUUGGACCUUACGAAGGGUGGUAUCGUGCGCAGGUUAUUAAUAAAUGCACAAACAGUGUAUCUGUCCUUUUUGUUGACUUCGGAAAUGAGUCUGAAACCAGCGAAGGCUCUCUUAAAGCACUACCUUGUGACUUGCUGGAAAGUCCACCUCAAGCUUUUCUGUGUCAGUUGGAAGGAUUUGAUACUUCCGAGGGAUCUUGGGACAAUGCUGCUACUGAUAACUUCUACAAACUCUUAGUGGAUAAACCUCUGAAAGUGACUGUGCAGUGCACUGACAGUAACCCUCUAUAUUAUGUUAAAGUUGAGUCUCCGCAAUGUCUCGUAAAUGAGCUAACAACGAAAUUUUGGAGUGGUUCUGCACAAAAUGAUCAGAAAUCUUCUGAGGUGAAUGAAUCCUGUGAAAAAUCCGUUGCAUCAACAUCUGAUCAACUUGUUUCUGAGGAUAAGACAAGUGUGAGCCUUGAGAUCUCUACAGAGGAUAUGCACACAAUUGAACCUCAUAGUGCAGAACAAUAUGGAGCUGAUCAGAUCGAACCAUUAGAAGUAAAAGGUGACUUGCAUGGUGUACCUGAAGAAGGAGCAGAUGUGAUUGCUGCUGUAAUUAAUUCUGAUGUCAAUGCCGAUGAUCCUACAAGGAUGAAUUUAGAUUCAGAAAUCCACAAAGUCUGUCAUGAAUCUGACGAUGGCAUUCCUGUUGUAUCAACUGAGCAAAUGCUGCUGCACACAGAUUGCUUCAGAUUAAAGUUUGCACUGAAGAUUCACGUGACUCUGUUAAGUGCAUCUUAA